UUUUAAUGCCUAUGUUAUUAAUUGGCGCGAGACUCUAUAAUUUGAACGGGAGCGCGCAUGUGAACGCGCACACUGCAAAGCGUCCUUUUCGUUUCCAUGGAGACCUCGGACGGCAACAGAACAAGAUAGGUGUCCGACCCCGAGUCUCGUCUAAUUUCACCUUUAUCUCUUCAACGACGUGUUUUGAACAUUUAAGGAGCUCUGCACUCUGCCUGAUUCCUCGUUUCGGUUAUUUGCAGUGUGCUGAAUGACCCUGGAAGUUGCCACCAGGGAGCGAGAUGGAGAACUGCUCUCAUACACUGCCGCCUUCGUCACCAUGUCCUCCCACUUUUGAAGGGUCCAUACCUUUCUCCUCCUCGCCGCUUCAGACUUGCUCAGGCGGCCAUGUUUCACUCCCACUUUCACCUAUUUCGUUUCCCCCGUCCCCGACCUCACUUUCUCCAGCAACAGCAGAGUCAAUUCAUUCUUCCUCACCUCUUUCACACUGCACAGCCUCUUACUGCCUCGAAGGACAAAACAUACCGUGCCUCAGCCCCGCGAACAUAUCUGACCAGGAUGACUUGACCUGCCUCAACUGGCUGCAUCAGAGGGGCAACCUGCUACCGCUGAAGUCCCUUCAUAAAAUGACACCACUGCCUCAGCUAGAGUCCUCUGUACCUAUCCGUCCUCUUCCUCCUGCCUCGUCCAAGCCACCAUACUCCUUCGGUAGUCUUAUUUUCAUGGCAAUAGAAGACUCGUCUGAGAGGAGGCUUCCAGUGAAGGACAUCUACGAUUGGAUUGUGAAUAAUUUCCCCUACUACCAGACAGCCUCUGGAGGCUGGAGGAACUCUGUCAGACACAACCUGUCCCUGAGCAAGAGCUUCCGUCGUAUUCAAAGGGACAAGAGCCAGUCGGUGGGUAAGGGAUCGCUGUGGUGUGUGUGUUCGGAGUAUCGACCGGCGCUCCUCGAGGUGCUGAGGAAGACCCACAGUUAUCACAGCACCAACAUCAAUCUGUUAAACAAGCCUGCACUGUUGGAGGGAGCUGAAUUUGUGGUGCCUGCAGUGUGUGACUCUAUUGAAAUGUCAGAUCCUCUCUCUCAUGCCCUCCUCCUCUCCACACCCUCAUCCCAAAUACUGACCAUCGACAACCCAACUUUCUCUGACAACCCACCGUGCCCUUUGACCCCAGACCACGAGGAGCUUGUCACUAUGGAGUCGGUUGAAUACCAGCAUGGGGAGGUCAGUGAGGAGAUGGAGAAGGACCCCCUGUCAGACAGCGGGUACAUCGAGCUACACUAUUACCAGUCUCACCAGUACCAGUACCUGGUGCUGCCGGGUGACACAGAGUUGGACCUAGAGACUGUGGAGAUCCUUCAGCUUGAUGCCGAGGCCCAGGAGGCUGCUGGGUCACUGCUGGACCUGGCAGGCGGCGUAUAUUAAUGUUACAUCCCAUCUAUCAAUCACAACUGAUAGAAAGCUUCAAUCCAUCAUAAGCAAAUACUCCAACAAAGAAACAUAAAUAGGGAUUUAUGUUUUAAAGGUGAUGUUGAUGCAAGUUGGCUGCUUCAUCCUGAGACGUUGACACUGCCCUAAGCUCUUUUUGUAGUUAGGUAAAUAAUAUAGAUCAAAUUUUUGAUGGACGAACAAGAAUAUGAAUCAUAUUUCUUAAUAUGUGUUCAGGCACUUUCAAUGCAAAAGCUGAAUUGACAAUGAUACAAUAACAUACAAUGGCAACAUGGACAAAGACAAGGGGGAGGGGAAAGUAUUAUUUGAGAAUGAUCUUCCCUACAGGGCUGCACGGUGGUGUAGUGGCUAGCACUGUCGCCUCACAGCAAGAGGGCCGCGGGUUCAAUUCCCGGUCGGAGCGGUCCUUCUGUGUGGAGUUUGCAUGUUCUCCCCGUGGCAGCGUGGGUUCUCUCCGGGCUCUCCGGCUUCCUCCCACAGUCCAAGGACAUGCUGCAGGUUAAUUGAUCUCUAAAUUGCCCAUAGGUGUGAAUGUGAGAGUGAAUGGUUGUAUGUCCCUACAUGUGCCUCGAUGGACUGGCGACCUGUCCAGGGUGUCCCCUGCCUUCGCCCUAUGUCAGCUGGGAUAGGCUCCAGCGCCCCCGCGACCCUAAUGAGGAUAAGCGGUAUUGAAAAUGGAUGGAUGGAUGGAUGGAUCUUCCCUACAAUAAGUUUGUGUUUUUUUUACUCAUUAUGUUUAUUCUCAGAGUGGAAGGAGUGCUUUACUCAAGUAAAAAUACUUAUUCUUAAGUUAAAGUAAGUGACCACAUUUUCUUUAUACAAAGGUACUUCAUGAGAAAAAAAUCUUAAGAACAAACUUAUGUUGAAUAUCUUGUCCUUAACAGUGUUACUACAGCCUGUUCUGAAAAUGCUGCCUUUUUAAAAGUAGUUUAAUUUAUAAUGUAGUUGCAGUUGCAGAUUUCUCUUAAACGGUGGGACAGCACUACUCAAUUAGUACCUCCAAUUUGUAUUUAUAAUUGAUAUCUUUCUACCUGUUAUCAUUCUUCUAAUAAUGUAUGAGAGAGUUGAUUUAGGCUACAUGAUGUUAUGUUACUGAAUUUCUUUUAAUUGUCCUGUCAGCUAAACUAAAUUGUCUUAAAUCAGGCAUAAAUUGAUUGGAAUUUUGAGUUAAAAAUGCUAAAUGAACUCACUGCCAUUGAAAUGACUUGACAUUACAUUUCUGUUUGUACAUUUCAUGUAUUUUCAAAAACUUUAGAUCUUUUAAUCUAACAAAUAUAAUAUGUUAAGCUGUUAUUGUGAAUAAAAUUAGCUUGUUUUU